AUUUCCUCGUGGGGAAUUCUCGGCCUUUUCUUGGAUUCUUCUUACGUUACCGGGAUCUCUAAUGGCCAUGGCCUAUGUCGACACCUACAUCUACUGGUCCUUCGUCUCUCCCCACGAGCGGGACACCCCACCUGUCGAAAGGACAAACCUGAGGCUCAUGACUCGUGAAAAAAUCAAGAAUCUCACUUCAACGCCGAAGACAUCAGUUCUGAGCGCCCUCACCGUGGGAAUCCUGGUGUCCACAGCAGUAAGCUACUUAUCCGGAGGUACCAUCCUUGUUAUGAAGGAGCUGUGGUGCAGAGUCCCCUGGGGAAUCCUCUUCGUCUUUGGAGCGGUACAAGUUAUUUCCAAAGUUUUUGAGGCGACGAUCAAGAACGACAAUCCGAUCUACUAUGCCAUUCCGGUUGCUGUUGCGGCGUCCAGCAACGUUGUCAUGCCUACCACCAUUCCAAUGGUCAUCGUGCACGAGCUAGCAAGAAUUCAGCCCUACAGCCUCGAAGAAAAGAGAGAAGGCUGCGACUAUUACUGCUGGAACGCUGAGACCAAAUCAUGGGACAAAUUUUUCUUCGGGAACGGAGAACGAUGCUUUUACAACAAUGGUGAUGAGGGAUUAUGUCAAAACGGAGAAUGCCAUUUGACGACAGAUUCAGGUGUGCCCAAUGACACUGAUGCAAAAAAAGAAGAAACCGAAGAAGAGUUAGAAGCCUGAGGGCAAGUCAAAGAAAAUUAGGAAGGAAACUUCUUAUUAAAAUUCCCGAAACUAAACCAGGCUUAAUAAAGCUAAAGCACUCAC